CUGAUAAUAAUCUAUCAGACGACCAAACUAUCUAUCUAUCUUUGUCUGAAGAGCAAGCAAAGACCCACAGAGAGAGAGAGAGAGAGAGAGAGAGAAGCGAGCUUCACUUCAGCUGGGUCUUCGAGCCUGACUUCCUCUGAGUUUCAGGCCUCGACUCGGUCGAUCAAUUAGAUCGAUCCCUUCAUUCUUUGUCAGCUGACUGAGCUUGAAGGUUGAACUGAGCAGAGCAGGGUUGAACUUGAACUGAGCAGAGAGCAUCAAUGGCGUCAUUUGCAGGGACGACCCAGAAGUGCAGGGCCUGCGAGAAGACGGUUUACUUGGUGGAUCAGCUCACCGCCGACAACAAGGUGUUCCACAAGGCCUGCUUCCGCUGCCACCACUGCAAGGGCACUCUAAAGUUGAGUAACUACUGCUCCUUCGAGGGAGUGUUAUAUUGCAAGCCUCACUUUGAUCAACUAUUUAAGAUGACUGGAAGCUUAGACAAGAGUUUCGAAGGUACCCCGAAGACUGUAAACAGGUCUGCUGAUCAGGCCCAUUCCAGCAGCAAAGUCUCAAGCAUGUUCGCUGGAACUCAAGACAAAUGUGUAGCCUGCCAGAAAACUGUUUAUCCGAUCGAGAAGGUGGCGGUCGAUGGGACAUCAUAUCAUAAAGCUUGCUUCAGGUGCACCCAUGGAGGGUGCGUGAUAAGCCCCUCAAACUAUGUGGCCCACGAGCACCGUCUCUAUUGCAAGCACCACCACAAUCAGCUCUUCAAGGAGAAAGGCAACUUCAGUCAACUGAGCAAGCAAGAACAUAGUUAGAACAUAUCGAGGCAAAGUAAAAAGCCCACCUUUAUCUUUUACAUAUGCACUUGUGAGCCCGAGUCAGUGUUUAAGUUACACAGCAAGGAAAUUGGUUUUGUCAGUUCACUUCUGUUAGCGUGUUAUUGAAUAACUUUUACGAAUUCGUGUUCAGAUUAUUCACCAAAGCCAAGUCUACAUUUUCCCUUGGGGUUUUCUGCUUUUAUUUGGAAGAGCAUCUUGAUACUGAUAUGGCAUCUUUGUGUUCGUGCCUC